AUGACCGGUAUCUGCACAUCUGGCCAGGGCAAGGCUCGGAUUCGCGCAACGAGGCGGCCACUCGGUAACUCUGGGAACGCUUCCGGAAGCAGUGGUGCGGUCUUCGCACCAGGGUCUUACUUAACGGCGCGCGAUGGCCCCUAUCCCUGGAUUCACUGCCACCACCAUCCAUUAUAUCGACUCCUACAGCCGUGGAAAGCGGAUCUUCUCGUGAAAUAUUACCAGAAGAUGGCCGGGUAUCGGCCAUAUAACUUUGAUUCUAAGGCAAACUUUCUAUCCCAUUUCGGAAAUGUUUCUCCAGGAGGCAGACGAACCGCAAGUGCGGUUUGGCCGUCGGCCUAUGACUAUUCUUUGGCCGAUGGCGAAUCCUUCCUUGUCAUCUUCUCGAGAGAAUGGAACGAAGCUUAUCGCGCCACCUGCACAGAUGUCCUGUUCGCUCAGAGUGUAACGCGCAGGCGAAUGUAG